CCGCGCUCCUGCAUCUGUGAUCCGGCUGAAGAAAGUGUCCAAACAGAGAAAAACUCCUGGUGAAGCAACUGAGAUCCACGUAACACACUAUUAUAAAGAUGGCGCUUAUCAAAGAGGAGAGUGAAGACAUAAGGAUUGCAGAAGUAUUUAGUCUGAAACAAGAAGAUAUUGAGGAACAGACAGACCUAAUAGUGCUGAAAGAGGAAAGUGAAGAUCUGAAUGAAAUCGAAGACAAAGAUCUGAUUAAGAAACAUCAUUUCAUAACUGGAGAUUGUUCACAGUCUGAAAAGACUUCCCCACAAAAAAGAGCUCGGAAGACUGGUACAAAAACUAAUUUCGUUUGCCAACAGUGUGGAAAGUAUUUCAUGAAAAAAUUAAACCUUAAACUCCACAUGAGAAUUCACACUGGAGAGAAGCCUUUUACCUGCCAACAAUGUGAAAAGAGCUUUGCACGAAAAAGUAGUCUCAAGAUUCACAUGAGAACUCACACUGGAGAGAAGCCAUUUGUAUGCAGUCAGUGUGGAAAGAGUUUCACGCAUAAAGAAACCUUUUAUACUCACAUGAGUCUUCACAACGGAGGAAGCCCUCACAUCUGUAAGCUCUGUGGAAAAACCUUGAAACGAAAAGGAAAUCUUAAGACUCACAUGAGAAUUCACACUGGAGAGAAGCCUUACAAAUGUGAUCAGUGUGAAAAAUGUUUCACACGUAAAGGAAGCCUUAAAAAGCACAUGAGGAUUCAUGUGAGGAAAUUGCCAGAAUGCUCCGAGUGCGGGAAGAAGUUUAAAAAAAAGGAGCAACUUCAAGCAACUGGAAAAAACAGUGAACCCUUGGGUCCUUGAAAAGCAUGUAAAAGCAAUAAAUUCACUUUCAACAACUUUAAGUCCACAAAAUUUCUUAAAUAUAAAUAGUGGGGGGGAAAGUUUUAAAUGUUACACUUUAAAGGCAGACCUGUUUUUGAGGUUGGAGAUUGUCAUGGUAACUGAUUUGCAUGCUUACAGAAUUGCUAGAGAGAUUCAGGGUAUGUUUUUAGGUGGGCAAGAAGUAAUGGGGAAAUGUAAAUGGCUUGAAAAUACUGAAUCAUCAGUUAUACCCUUCUAGCAACAAUGCUAACUCAGGUUUUAAAACAAUUAGUCAGACAGUGAUAAUGUACAGCUACACGAUAAAUCGAAAUGAAAUUGCAAUCGCAAUUAAGCAAAAGCUGUAAUUGUCAUGCGCAUCUUGUCAGUGAAGCAUGGUUCUGUGAUCAGUAAAUCUAUCCGAAGGCGAGAAGAAACUCCAAAUGCACCCGAAGAAGAAACCCAGGAAGGAAAUCAGAAUCGCUGCAGCUAAUUAAACACAAGAUUUAACUGCUUUCAUUGAUUCAACAUGACUAAUAUACACAAGACUAUGACAAUAUACAGUCAUGUGAAAAAGUUAGGACACCCUAUUGAAUUCCAUGGUUUUC